AUGUUUUCUCGUAUCUGGUUUUGGCUUUUUGGCCUUGACGACAGUGAACAAUUGAAAUUCCAAAGGGAUCCGGAUAGGUUAAGUGAAUUGCCUGAUGCGUUGCUCUUAGAAAUAUUGUCGUUACUACCAACGGAAGAUGUUGUGGCCACAAUGAUUCUGUCUAAACGUUGGAGAUUCCUUUGGAUGAUGGUACCAAGACUUGUAUACAAUGAUAGCAACAAGAAUAUUCAAAGCUUUUCGGGCUUUGUAGAUAGGUCUUUGACAUUACACAAGGCUCCAAUUCUCGAAACUUUGCACUUCAAACUUGGUACAACCUGUCGCGAUGAAGAUAUUCCCGUGUGGAUUAGAGCUGCAGAUAAAAAAAGCUCUCUGCGUGAGCUGAGUAUCGAGAUGGAUACGUUUUCUAGACCAUCUCCAAUCACACUUCCAAAGAGUUUGUACACAGAGUGUAGAAUGCUAGUGACAUUGAAACUUAAUAAUGUGAUUCUUGUGGAUGCUUCUUCAAAUUUGUCUUUCCCUUCCCUCAAGUCAUUGGAACUUGUAUCAGUGAAGUACCCUGGUGACGAAUUCGUAAAUAGGCUUUUAUCCAAUUGCCAUGUUCUUGAAGACUUAUAUGUGGUUCACGGUCCAAAUAGCAAUGUGACUACCUUCACUGUUAGAGUGCCUUCUUUAGUGAAGUUAUUCAUCAUGUAUACACGUCACGAUGUAGAUGAUGGUCAUGGCUUUGUGAUAUAUGCUCCUUCUCUGGAGAAAUUGGACAUUAUUGAUCAUCAAGGCAUAUUAUGUGUCAUUGAGAAUAACAUGCCUAAGUUGGAAAGCGCAGCUCUCGACAUCGAUUGCUUUCUUCCUGGAAUGAUUCUAGGGUCUAUUACUUCUGUCAAGCUUCUCAGUUUAUGUUUAUCUAGCUCAAAGGAUAUAUAUCCUCCUAGUUGUGUCUUCUGUUCUCUCGAAACUUUAAUAAUAUGCACAUGUGACAAAGCGUGGGUGGAUGUAUUAUUGUGUAUGCUGAGAGUUUCUCCUAAUUUAGAAGCUCUCGAAUUUGACCAGUGCCAUAAACCUCAAGAGCUCCCGUGCUGGAUUGAACCAGGCUUAGUUCCUGAAUGUCUAUUAUCAAGUCUUGAAAAUCUCGAAUGGGAAGACUAUGAAGGAACUGAAGCUGAGAAAGAAGUAGCAGCAUUCAUCUUAAGAAGUGCAAACUGCUUAAAAGAGGCAACUAUAUACUCUAAAUCCACUGACCCUAACGAGAAACUUGAGAUAAUCAAGGAGUUGUCAUUGUCACCAAGGGGUUCACGUACUUAUCAGCUUCUAUUUGAUUGA